AUAGUAUACGAUAUAUUACAAGUGGUUUAUCGAAUAAACGUGUCUGGAAAACAAUUAGUUUUUCUUUGGGUACCAGCACACAUAGGAGUUGAAGGGAAUGAGCUGGCAGAUGCCUAUGCAAAGAGAGGGGCAAGAAAAGAGAUGGUGGAUUCUCAAGUUAAGUACAGCAAGGCUGAAAUUAAGAGCAUAGUUAAAAAGAAGUUAGAGAGUGAAUGGCAGAGAGAUUGGGAUGAGGAGGUAAAGGGACGGUUUUAUUAUUCAUUUCAAAAGAAGAUUAGGGGGCCAGGGGUUGGGGGUCUGUUGGCAAGGAAGGAAGAAGAUGUAGUAGCGAGAUUGAGAUUUGGACAUACACGAUUGAAUAGUACUCUGAAACUGAUUGGAAAGCAUCCUACGGGGCAGUGUGAAAAUUGUGAGGAGAAUGAGACAGUUGAGCAUGUUUUGAUGAGAUGCAGGAAGUAUGAACAGCAAAGAAGAGUUUUAAGUAGACGUCUGGAGAAUAGAGGGUUAAUCUUUUCUUUGGGGACUGUUUUGCAGAGUGACUCUACGUUCGAUGUAUAUAAAGAGCUGCUGACGUUUCUUCGUGUCACUGGGUUAAUUAGGAGAGUUUAAGAAGAUGUUGAAUGCUGGGGCCUUCCUGGCCCACACUCCUUACCGGAAGGUGGCGGUAAAUGCAACCUAAAGUUUUUUGCCAACCGCCAUAAAACAAAAAGAAGAAGAAGAAGAAGAAGGAAAGACACACGGACAAAGCGCAGUCUGUAUGUGGGAGAAACCCACCGAAGAACCUCUGUGACAUCUGGAGGCAGUGGACGCAGCGACACGCAGUGUGUGCAGACUGGAGGUUUCAAAUUUCCACAUCACAGUUGUGAAAGUUUCAUACUGAACCAUGGCUGGAUCCAAAAUGCUGUUUUAGAGUCAUAAACCCUGCAGGUACCUUCAGGUGGCCUCAGUCUCAUGUCACUUGCUAUCCAACAAUUCUUUGUGAGGCGGUUUAUUUUCAUCCCACAGAAAAUGAAGAGAAUCUCACUCGGCUCAUGUGGCCUCCUGGUCCCAGUGCAGAGAGGAGCAGGUGUGAUGGGAAAUCUCAUUCUAAAGGUGCUGAGCAGCUGAUAGUUUGUCAUCAGAGGAGACUUUGAGACUGAUGUGUCAUUGGCGUUUGGUCUGUGUGCAGAACUCACAGGAGUCUGGAAACAUGGCUUGUACAUCACAGUCUGCCUUAAAUUAUGUCAGUAGAGCCAGAGGGCGCCUUGUGGGAGAAUUACAGAAUCUCUCUGUGAUUCUGGAGAACUUGUAUCAGAAAGGAGUUCUCAGUGAUGAGGAGGUCAGCAAAAUACAGACAGAGCGUGAUGACUUCGAUAGAACCCGAAAAAUCCUGGACAAGGUCAUAAAAAAGGGGGAAGCAGCCUGCUACGAGUUACUCAGAAUUAUUGACGUGACGAGGAAGAGGACUUUAGAGAGGCCGCCUCCUCUCUCUGAGAAAAACACUGGAGCUUCCACUGGAACCCAGAAGUUUGACCUGCACCACUGGAUCAGCUGCUUUUCUUUCAAGGAAGAAACGCAAAUGGAUGUGGACUACCUGCAAGGACCAAGACCGUGCCACAGAUAUCAGAAAAAGUUGAAGUUUAAAGCACAGAAAUUAUCUAAAGAGUUUUGGAAUGCAAGUAAAAAACUGUUUGAAGACAAAAGGAGGCCUGAUCUGUCAUACACCUCACUUGUAUUGGAUACACAGAAAAGCCCAUCUCCAUCUAAAAUCAAGAAAUGGAAGAGAAAGAAAAGUAAGAUGAGUCGACCUAAGAAACUGAGGACAUACAUCCCUGAGGACAAACCAGAAAUUUCCCCCACUGACCUUCUGAAAACACAGGAAGACAUCCUCUUGGUCGGGAAGCCUGGAAUUGGAAAGACGGCAGUCGUUCGUGAAAUGUUGAGACUGUGGGCAGAAACGGACAACAGGGAGUUAGAUUACAUGUUCUACUUUGACAUGAGGAAAAUGUCCCAAACCACACCCGCUAUGACCCUGAAGGAAUUUCUUUUUAAUAAGUUCAGUGAACCAGAUGUAGGCAUGGAUGAGGUUUUACAGGAUAUAAAGAGUAACUCUGACAAUGUUACCAUCAUUUUUGAUGGCAUCACAGAUCUGUCUCCAUCAGUGGUGGAGGACCUUGUAGAGAAAGAACUACUACCUGAUGCAAAGAUCAUCAUAACAUGCAGACCAGAUGACGAGAAAGACUUCUUCUCUGGGGACUGUCUCAGAGUGGAGGUGAAAGGAUUUAGUGAGCAGACCAUAAAGUCCUACUUAUCUGCAACACUCUGCGAUGCACAGAAGGUUUUGAGCAGAUUGGAGUUGCUGACUCUUUGCCAUGUACCAAUGUAUGCUCUGAUGGUGGCUGCCUGCUCUUCAUCAGAACACUCUCCACAGCCAUGCACUAUAACAGAAAUCUACAUUGACAUUGUUCGUUACUGCCUUCAGGUAAACAGCAACAAAACAGAAGAUCUAAACACCUUCAUCAAAACCAAGAGAGAGGAAAUAUUGUUUUUGGCUGAAAUAGCUUUCAAUGCAACUCAGGGAAAAACUGUGAACCUGAAUGAAGUGCCCUGUAAAGACAGCUGUGUCCUUUCCUUCCUGAAACCACUUUUUAUCAAAGUCAGCCGAACUGAAACAGAAACUAGACACGUAUUCCUCCAUUACACACUGCAGGAGUUUUUUGCAGCCAUGUGGCUCUUAAAGAAUCCUGAUAAAAUCAGGAAUGUUUUUCAGCAGAGCCUCACUGAGGACAAGAAACACAUGAAACAUUUGAUCCCUUUCAUGUGUCGACUGUUGAACAAGAAGAGCCCAAGUUGGAUGAAGUGUCUGGUUCCAGUUGAGGAGCUCAACAGUACAUCUGACUGGUUCUUCAAGGAGCUCAUAACCACAUUUGUCCCAGAUGUGGUUGACACCGAAGACAGUGGGCUUGAUGUCGACACGUUGUUCUUAUGUCAGUGCUUGUAUGAGUCCCAGAGUCCAGAGGCAUGCAUCUACCUUCUAGACAAACUGGACUACCGUCUUGACCUCUGUGGAGAGAGUCUUGAUCCUUACCUCUGCUGUGCUGUGGCCUAUGUGGUCAAUCAGUCGAAGGGACGGAAAAUAUGGUUGAACCUUGAUGAUGUCACGAUAUCAGAGCGAGGAAUGAGACAACUGUUUGGAUGCCUUCAAAAUAUCCAAUGGUGUGACCCUUUGCCACAGCAGCUGUGGAAGAUUUUCCUUCUCAGUGAAGAACAGAUGGACUUUGUCAGCUUACUUAGCCUCAUUGAAAAUCAGCUGCACCUUCCAGUGGAGGGUAAAAAACAGCUGUUUGAAAGAGCUGUGGAAGUCAUGAAGAGGAUGACAACAAAUGUCAAUGUCUGCCUCUACUGGGACAGAGAAACUCUUGUCUGCCAGAGUCUGUGUGAGUCCUUAAUAGAGGCUUUGCCAUACGUCAGCUCACUCAGCUUUAGGAUGACCACCAGAAGUCCAGGUUUGUGGAACCAUGAGCAAUUCCAUGGGACACUGGAGAGGCAACAAAGGAGACUGUUACUGGAUUUAUGCCUGAAGGCAGCACUUCACAAUGAGCAAAGCUUCCCAAAUGCAGUGAAUAUGCUCCUCUCAUUGUUCCCUCAUCAAAGUGACUUAAGUAACCUCUAUCUCGAUCUGUACCAACAUGUUAGGAAUGAAGGAUUUUUGAGUAUCCUUCCAAAACUGAGGCUGCUUUUCCAGUCAUCUCCUUCAGUGUGGUCCAUAGACCUCUCAGAGAGAAAGACCUCCAUCCUCCUGGAAGUGCUGAAACUCCAAUCAGAGAAGAAACCAGUGGAGCUGACAGGCUGGUCACAUGAAGAGAGUGAAGUGAGGAGUUUCCUGCAGUGUCUGCCUUAUAUCUCACAGCUCAGUGUUGUGCCACUGUUAUCAGAAACUUCAGAAGAAAUCAGGUUCUUGGGGAAUCUGUUCUGUGCAGCAGCAGAGAGAGAAGAGCAAACAGGAGAGAAGAUACUGGAGCUGUUAUCAGUGUGCACAUACAAAACAUUUUCUCUAAAACAAAAAUGGUGUGAUUUCCUCCUGGACCUGUACUCUUAUGAGGCUAAAACAAGUUCAAGAGUGCUUCCAUCAUUACAGUCAGUUUUCCAGUCAACUCCUGCAGUCUGGUCCAUAGACCUCUCAGAGAGAAAGACCUCCAUCCUCCUGGAAGUGCUGAAACUCCAAUCAGAGAAGAAACCAGUGGAGCUGACAGGCUGGUCACAUGAAGAGAGUGAAGUGAGGAGUUUCCUGCAGUGUCUGCCUUAUAUCUCACAGCUCAGUUUCGUGCCUCAGUUACCAGAACCUCAAGAAGAACCCAGAUUCUUGGAGAUGCUGUUCUGUGCAGCAGCUGCAGAGAGGAAGCAGCAGAAACGAGAGAAGAUACUGGAGCUGUUAUCAUCAGUCUGCACAUACAAAACAUUCCCUCUCAAACAGAAAUGGUGUGAUUUCCUCCUGGACCUGUACUCGUAUGUGACUGAAACAGGUUUCAGAGUCCUUCCAUCAUUACAGUCAGUUUUCCAGUCUGGUCCUGCAGUCUGGUCCAUGGACCUCUCAGAGAGAAAGACCUCCAUCCUCCUGGAAGUGCUGAAACUCCAAUCAGAGAAGAAACCAGUGGAGCUGACAGGCUGGUCACAUGAAGAGAGUGAAAUGAGGAGUUUCCUGCAGUGUCUGCCUUAUAUCUCACAGCUCAGUUACCAGCCUCAGCUAUCAAGACCUUCAGAAGAAACCAGAUUCUUGGGGAAUCUGUUCUGUGCAGCAGCGGAAACAGACCAGCAGACAGGAGGAAAGAUACUGGACCUGCUUCCAUCUCUGUGCACUUUUGAAACAUUCCCUCUCAACCAGAAAUGGUGUGAUUUCCUGCUGGACCUGUACUCUUAUAAGACUAAAAUGGGCUUAGGUCCUCCUCCAUCAUUACAGUCAGUUUUCCAGUCAACUCCUGCAGUCUGGUCCAUAAACCUCUCAGAGAGAAAGACCUCCAUCCUCCUGGAAGUGCUGAAACUCCAAUCAGAGAAGAAACAAGUGAAGCUGACAGGCUGGUCACAUGAAGAGAGUGAAGUGAGGAGUUUCCUGCAGUGUCUGCCUUAUAUCUCACAGCUCAGUCAGUUUUCCAGUCAACUCCUGCAGUCUGGUUCAUAGACCUCUCAGAGAGAAAGACCUCCAUCAUUCUGGAAGCGCUGAAACUCCAAUCAGAGAAGAAAGAAGUCAUUCUGACAGGCUGCUCACAUGAAGAGAGUGAAGUGAGGAGUUUCCUGCAGUGUCUGCCUUAUAUCUCACAGCUCAGUGUCAUGCCGCAGUUAUCAGAACCUUCAGAAGAAACCAUGUUCUUCAGGAAUCUGUUGUGUGCAGCAGUAGAGAGAGAACAGGAGACAGGAGAGAAGAUGCUGGAGCUGUUAUCAUCAGUGUGCACAUACAAAGCAUUCCCUCUUCCUGAGAUAUGGUGUGAUUUCCUCCUGGACCUGUACUCUUAUGAGACUAAAACAGGUUCGCGAGUCCUUCCAUCAUUACAGUCGGUUUUCCAGUCAACUCCUGCAGUCUGGUUCAUAGAUCUCUCAGAGAGAAAGACAUCCAUCCUCCUGGAAGUGCUGAAACUCCAAUCAGAGAAAAAACAAGUGGAGCUGACAGGCUGGUCACAUGAAGAGAGUGAAGUGAGGAGUUUCCUGCAGUGUCUGCCUUAUAUCUCACAGCUCAGUUUCGUGCCACAGUUAUCAGAACCUUCCGAGGAAAUCAGGUUCUUCGGGAAUCUGUUCUGUGCAGCAGCAGAGAGAGAACAGCAGACAGGAGAGAAGAUACUGGAGCUGUUAUCAUCAGUGUGCAGAUACAAAACUUCCCCAUUUAAGGAGCUGUGGUGUGAUUUCGUACUGGACCUGUACACUUACGGAAUUAAAACACGAACAAUUGUAUUUCCAUCAUUCCAGUCAGUUUUCCAGUCAACUCCUGCAGUCUGGUUCAUAGACCUCUCAGAGAGAAAGACCUCCAUCAUUCUGGAAGUGCUGAAACUCCAAUCAGAGAAGAAACAAGUCAUUCUGACAGGCUGCUCACAUGAAGAGAGUGAAGUGAGGAGUUUCCUGCAGUGUCUGCCUUAUAUCUCACAGCUCAGUUUCGUGCCACAGUUAUCAGAACCUUCUGAGGAAAUCAGGUUCUUCGGGAAUCUGUUCUGUGCAGCAGCAGAGAGAGAACAGCAGACAGGAGAGAAGAUACUGGAGCUGUUAUCAUCAGUGUGCAGAUACAAAACAUUCCCUCUAAAACAACAAUGGUGUGAUUUCCUGCUGGACCUGUACUCUUAUGUGGCUGAAACAGGUCUGAGAGUCCUUCCAUCAUUACAGUCAGUUUUCCAGUCUGGUCCUGCAGUCUGGUCCAUAAACCUCUCAGAGAGAAAGACCUCCAUCCUCCUGGAAGUGCUGAAACUCCAAUCAGAGAAGAAAGAAGUGUAUCUGACAGGCUGGUCACAUGAAGAGAGUGAAGUGAGGAGUUUCCUGCAGUGUCUGCCUUAUAUCUCACAGCUCAGUGUUGAGCGGUUACCUCUUGAUGAAACAACCAGGAUGUUUGUGAAUCUGUUCUGUGCAGCAGCAGAGAGAGAACAGCAGACAGGAGAGAAGAUACUGGAGCAGUUAUCAUCAGUGUGCAGAUAUGAAGGAUUUCCUUCAUGUUCCAUGGAUGGAAAAUCUCAGACUGGUUUCCUGCUGGAUCUGUUCUCCCAUGUGAAGGACUAUGAGACUAAAACAGGUCUGAGAGUCCUUCCAUCAUUACAGUCAGUUUUCCAGUCAGCUCCUGCAUUCUGGUCCAUAAACCUCUCAGAGAGAAAGACCUCCAUCCUCCUGGAAGUGCUGAAACUCCAAUCAGAGAAGAAACCAGUGGAGCUGACAGGCUGGUCACAUGAAGAGAGUGAAGUGAGGAGUUUCCUGCAGUGUCUGCCUUAUAUCUCACAGCUCAGAGUUCAGAAGAAGUUACCUCUUGAUGAAACAACCAGGAUGUUUGUGAAUCUGUUCUGUGCAGCAGCAGAGAGAGAACAGCAGACAGGAGAGAAGAUACUGGAGCUGUUAUCAUCAGUGUGCACAUAUGGAGCCUUUCCUUUAGAAUACGUGGAUGAUGAUGAUGAUGAUGAUGAAGAUUUUCAAUAUCAGACUGGUUUCCUGCUGGAUCUGUUCUCCCUUGUGAAGGACUGUGAGACUAAAACAGGUCUGAGAGUCCUUCCAUCAUUACAGUCAGUUUUCCAGUCAGCUCCUGCAUUCUGGUUCAUGAACCUCUCAGAGAGAAAGACCUCCAUCCUCCUGGAAGUGCUGAAACUCCAAUCAGAGAAGAAAGAAGUGUGUCUGACAGGCUGGUCACAUGAAGAGAGUGAAGUGAGGAGUUUCCUGCAGUGUCUGCCUUAUAUCUCACAGCUCAGAGUUCAGAAGAAGUUACCUCUUGAUGAAACAACCAGGAUGUUUGUGAAUCUGUUCUGUGCAGCAGCAGAGAGAGAACAGCAGACAGGAGAGAAGAUACUGAAGCAGUUAUCAUCAGUGUGCAGAUAUGAAGGAUUUCCUUCAUAAUACAUGGAUGAUGAUGAUGAUGAUGAUGAUGAAGAUUUUCAAUAUCAGAGUGAUUUCCUGCUGGAUCUGUUCUCCCAUGUGAAGGACUAUGAGACUAAAACAGGUCUGAGAGUCCUUCCAUCAUUACAGUCAGUUUUCCAGUCAGCUCCUUCAUUCUGGUUCAUAAACCUCUCAGAGAGAAAGACCUCCAUCCUCCUGGAAGUGCUGAAACUCCAAUCAGAGAAGAAAGAAGUGUGUCUGACAGGCUGGUCACAUGAAGAGAGUGAAGUGAGGAGUUUCCUGCAGUGUCUGCCUUAUAUCUCACAGCUCAGAGUUCAGAAGAAGUUACCUCUUGAUGAAACAACCAGGAUGUUUGUGAAUCUGUUCUGUGCAGCAGCAGAGAGAGAACAGCAGACAGGAGAGAAGAUACUGAAGCAGUUAUCAUCAGUGUGCAGAUAUGAAAGAUUUCCUUCAUAUUCCAUGGAUGGAAAAUAUCAGACUGGUUUCCUGCUGGAUCUGUUCUCCCAUGUGAAGGACUAUGAGACUAAAACAGGUCUGAGAGUCCUUCCAUCAUUACAGUCAGUUUUGCAGUCAGCUCCUUUAUUCUGGUCCAUAAACCUCUCAGAGAGAAAGACCUCCGUCCUCCUGGAAGUGCUGAAACUCCAAUCAGAGAAGAAAGAAGUGCGUCUGACAGGCUGGUCACAUGAAGAGAGUGAAGUGAGGAGUUUCCUGCAGUGUCUGCCUUAUAUCUCACUGCUCAGAGUUCAGAAGAAGUUACCUCUCGAUGAAACAACCAGGAUGUUUGUGAAUCUGUUCUGUGCAGCAGCAGAGAGAGAACAGCAGACAGGAGAGAAGAUACUGGAGCAGUUAUCAUCAGUGUGCAGAUAUAAAGGAUUUCCUUUAGAAUACAUGGAUGAUGAUGAUGAUGAUGAUGAUGAUGAUGAUGAUGAUGAAGAUUUUCAAUAUCAGAGUGAUUUCCUGCUGGAUCUGUUCUCCCAUGUGAAGGACUAUGAGACUAAAACAGGUCUGAGAGUCCUUCCAUCAUUACAGUCAGUUUUCCAGUCAGCUCCUUCAUUCUGGUUCAUAAACCUCUCAGAGAGAAAGACCUCCAUCCUCCUGGAAGUGCUGAAACUCCAAUCAGAGAAGAAAGAAGUGUGUCUGACAGGCUGGUCACAUGAAGAGAGUGAAGUGAGGAGUUUCCUGCAGUGUCUGCCUUAUAUCUCACAGCUCAGUGUUGAGCGGUUACCUCUUGAUGAAACAAGCAGGAUGUUUGUGAAUCUGUUCUGUGCAGCAGCAGAGAGAGAACAGCAGACAGGAGAGAAGAUACUGGAGCUGUUAUCAUCAGUGUGCACAUAUGGAGCCUUUCCUUCAUUUUACAUGGAUGGAAAAUCUCAGAGUGAUUUCCUGCUGGAUCUGUUCUCCCAUGUGAAGGACUAUGAGACUAAAACAGGUCUGAGAGUCCUUCCAUCAUUACAGUCAGUUUUCCAGUCAGCUCCUUCAGUCUGGUCCAUAAAGCUCUCAGAGAGAAAGACCUCCAUCCUCCUGGAAGUGCUGAAACUCCAAUCAGAGAAGAAAGAAGUGUGUCUGACAGGCUGGUCACAUGAAGAGAGUGAAGUGAGGAGUUUCCUGCAGUGUCUGCCUUAUAUCUCACAGCUCAGAGUUCAGAAUAAGUUACCUCUUGAUGAAACAACCAGGAUGUUUGUGAAUCUGUUCUGUGCAGCAGCAGAGAGAGAACAGCAGACAGGAGAGAAGAUACUGAAGCAGUUAUCAUCAGUGUGCAGAUAUGAAGGAUUUCCUUUAGAAUACAUGGAUGAUGAUGAUGAUGAUGAUGAUGAUGAUGAAGAUUUUCAAUAUCAGAGUGAUUUCCUGCUGGAUCUGUUCUCCCUUGUGAAGGACUAUGAGACUAAAACAGGUCUGAGAGUCCUUCCAUCAUUACAGUCAGUUUUCCAGUCAGCUCCUGUAGUCUGGUCCAUAAACCUCUCAGAGAGAAAGACCUCCAUCCUCCUGGAAGUACUGAAACUCCAAUCAGAGAAGAAACCAGUGUAUCUGACAGGCUGGUCACAUGAAGAGAGUGAAGUGAGGAGUUUCCUGCAGUGUCUGCCUUAUAUCUCACAGCUCAGGUAA